CUUGUGUUCGGAGUGUAAUUGAGGAAGCUAAGAAUAAAACAUCCCAAGUAAAGAGAAAAUGGGUGUCAUCACUGCCCACUGUUACUGUUUCACCACCGUUGGAUCACACAAACCCUACCUUUCUCCCUCAUCUCACAAUUUCCGCCAUUCCCCUUCCGUUUCUCUUUCUUCUUCUUCUUCUUCGUCGCCUUCACCACUCAGAAGAAUCUCAUGCUGAACCUCUUCCGCUCCCGCCGCCGAAUCUACUCUCACCGCGAAAGUUGGAAAUGGGUUGAAAGAUUUUAUUCACAUAGAUGAUUUUGACAAGGAAACUAUUUUGAAGAUAUUGGAUCGAGCUAUUGAGGUGAAAACAUUGUUGAAAUCAGGGGACAGGACAUUUCGGCCUUUUGAAGGGAAGACAAUGUCGAUGAUAUUUGCAAAGCCAUCCAUGCGAACAAGGGUUUCAUUUGAGACUGGUUUUUCAUUGUUAGGUGGUCAUGCUAUUUACUUAGGACCCAAUGACAUUCAAAUGGGGAAGCGAGAGGAGACUCGUGAUGUUGCUCGAGUUUUGUCUCGCUAUAACGAUAUCAUUAUGGCCCGUGUUUUUUCUCAUCAGGACAUACUUGAUCUUGCAAAGUAUGCGAGUGUCCCUGUCAUGAAGAAAUCGGCGUCAACGUUGUCAAUACAUAUAUUAGUGAGAUCAAGUUGGAAGAAGCUGCUGUUCUGCAUUACACUUACACCAAAUUUUCUGAUUUGACUUCAAGACGUGAUCGGUGUGGCUGCAAGCCUACAAAAGAUGAUGUAAAAAGAUGUUUCAUGUUAGACUUUGACAGAGCUGCGUUCAUAAUUGCUUCAACUGCUACGGAGGAAGAAAUGCUUCAAUGGUACCGUGAACACAUUGUGUGGACAGACAAAGCACUAACGAUGAAACUUAUUAGAAAAGGCAUCUUAUCUCGCAUUUAUGCUCCCAUGGUAAGAUUCAUUUUCUCAAAUUUCCUUUCUGGUUUCUACUCAAGCGAUUUAUACUGUUACCUUACAGUUCUUAGAGAACGUCCAAACUUUUCUUCCAAAACAUUGCUUUUGCAGGUCAUUAUGCAAAGUUUGAGAGAAUCUGGUGUUUUUAGCUCGGUGAUUGCGAAAGCUGCUCAGACAACAACAUCAAAAGACAAAUUUUUAAAGUCUGUUGAGAGUAGCAAUUCAACUAGGAAUGACAGAUCAGAAAUGAUAUCUUCUAGAAAAAUUGACGCUGGUGGAGUAUCCCAAACAAUUGCAAGAAGAAUCUUGGAGGUUAUAGAUGAUUCAAUUCCCUCUGCAAUUCCACCAUUAUCUCCACCCAGCUAUGAUGAUGCUGACUUCCAUACGUCCUAGAUUUCGACUGACUCCUUGCCAUGGCCAUAAAUUCUGGAGAUUUUUUUAAAAGAGGCAACGAUAGAAGCACGUCUGGCUGUCAUGAUGGGCAUAUCAGUUUUAGGAUUCAUGGGUUUUUUCCCGAUCAUUACCCAAGCGCUUAUGUAAAUUUCAGGUAUAGAGUGUAGGCUUAGUGUAGGUAUCAUACAGGGCAGACUUUUCUAUCUGCUCAUUAUUCUUUUCCUAUUUCUUCUGGGCAGAUUGGCUGCUAUUGUAAUGGAAACCAGAGGCCUAUUCUAUUUUUUGUUCAUACACAUUGAGAGAGGCAUGCUAUACAUUAUACAUACAGGUUGAGAUUA